AUGUCUUACGGUGGACGCGGUAAUUACAGUAAUGGUGGCUACGGGGGUAGCUAUGGUGGCUCCGGCGGCGAUUACGGCGGCUACGGUGGCUCCGGCGGCGGCGGCGGUGGUUACGGCGGCGGCGGUGGUUACGGCGGCGGCGGCGGCUACGGCGGCGGCGGCGGUGGUGGCUACGGCGGCGGUGGUGGUUACGGCGGCUCCCGCGGCGGCUUUGAUAAUGGUCCUGGUCUUGGCGCUGGUCUUAACAAGGUCAACUGGGAUUCGACAGAGCUCCAUAAAUUUGAGAAGAACUUUUACCGGGAAGAUGCGCGCGUUUCCCAGCGCUCUGACCAGGCAAUCGAAGAGUUCCGCAGGGCCAAUGAAAUGACGCUGCACGGUAAGAAUAUUCCCAAACCUGUGGAAACAUUCGAAGAGGUUGGAUUAUCCGACGCUAUCCUGGGCGAAAUCAAGAAGCUCGGAUUCGAAAAGCCUUCUUCUAUCCAGUCGCAGGCUUGGCCCAUUGCGUUGAGUGGCCGCGACUUGGUCGCCAUCGCAGAGACCGGCUCUGGUAAGACAAUUGGAUUUGGUCUUCCUAGCUUCGUGCAUAUCAAGGCUCAGCCGCCGCUCAAGUAUGGCGAUGGGCCUAUUGCGUUGAUUCUUGCUCCUACGCGCGAGCUUGCCGUCCAGAUCCAGACUGAGAUGAACCGCUUUGGUCGUGCAAGCCAUAUCCGUACGGCUGCUGUGUAUGGUGGUGUUCCCAAGGGACCCCAGAUUCGCGAGCUGCAGCGCGGCGCAGAGAUUGUGAUUGCUACGCCGGGCCGUUUGAUUGACAUGCUCGAGAUUGGCAAAACGAAUCUGCACCGUGUCACCUACCUUGUGAUGGACGAGGCAGACCGCAUGCUUGACAUGGGUUUCGAGCCCCAGAUCCGCAAGAUUAUCGAGCAGGUGCGCCCCGACCGCCAGACGCUCAUGUUCUCUGCGACGUGGCCUAAGGAGGUGCAGCGCCUUGCGUCUGACUUUUUGGAUGACUUUGUCCAGGUCAACAUUGGCUCGAUCGACCUCGCUGCAAACCACAAUGUGAAGCAGGUGGUCGAGGUAUGCACCGACUUUGAGAAGCGCGGCCGUCUGGUGAAAUACUUGGACCAGAUCAGCCAGGAGAGCUCCAAGGUGCUCAUUUUCACAGCCACCAAGCGCAUUGCGGACGAACUCACCAAGUUUCUCCGCCAGGAUGGCUGGCCAUCCCUGGCUAUUCACGGUGACAAGGAGCAGCGAGAGCGUGACUGGGUCCUUUCUGAAUUUAAGUCGGGGCACAGCCCCAUUAUGGUGGCCACUGCUGUGGCCUCGCGUGGUCUUGAUGUGAAGGACAUUGGUUAUGUAAUCAACUACGACUUCCCCACAAACACGGAAGAUUACAUUCACCAGAUUGGCCGUACCGGCCGUGCUGGACGUAAGGGUACCGCCAUUACCUUUUUCACCACGGAAAACCAAAAGUCUGCUCGCGAGCUCGUCUCGAUUCUGCGCGAGGCGAACCAAGAUAUCCCGCAGGAACUUCAAGAUAUGGGGUUCCAGCCAUGGUACAAAUUGCCCUCCUGGGAAGCGUGCCUUGAAGAGCUGCAUGGGGAUAUAGUGUGCUUUCAGGAGAUGAAAAUGACGCGGAAACAGCUGCAGUACGCCAUGUGUGUAAUGGACGCGUACGAGGGGUUCUUUGACCUGCACCCCACGAAAGGAUACUCGGGCACGGCCACGUAUGUGCGCAAAGCUGCGUGCAUGCCGAUUGAUGCAGAGAUAGGCAUUACCGGUCGCCUUCCAAGCCGGCCGAUUGGCGGACAAGCGGCAACAGACGGUGUCGACGCCGCCAUUGUUCCUGCCCUCGACUCGGAAGGACGCAGCGUGAUUCUCGAUUGCGGGUUAUUUGUAUUGAUCAACGUAUAUGCGCCCAACGAAACUGGCCCCGAGCGUCUAGAGUACAAGAUGGGAUUUCACCGCGUAUUGGAAGCGCGCAUCCAAGCACUGCAACGUCUCGGGCGCCAAGUGAUCCUCGUCGGUGACUUGAACGCGGUUGGCCAUCCUAUUGACCACUGCGAAGGCAAAAACGUCGAUCUUAGUAAAUUCCUAGCACAUCCAGCAAGGGCAUGGCUUCGAUCGCUGACAAACGCAGAGGAAGGAAGCCUCGUUGAUACCACGCGGACACUGCACCCGGACCGCGAAAAAAUGUUUACAUGCUGGAAUACAUUGAUCGAUGCACGCCCUGCAAAUUACGGCGUGCGACUGGACUAUAUUCUAAUCACACCGGGCCUCUUGCCAUGGGUCAAGGCGGCCGAUAUCCAGCCGGGCAUUUAUGGGUCCGACCACUGCCCCGUUUUUCUCGAACUGCAUGAUGCAAUAGAAAAGGACGGCACACUACUGCAUCUCGCAGAUCUCAUGCAUGGUACUGCAGGGAUGCAUGGGGCUAUUAAGGUGCCGAGCCUUGCCGCAUCGCGCUUAGAGCCGUUCUGUGCACAGGCACAGCCGCGGCUGGUGGCUAUGUUUGGAGCUCAGCGUGCAUCCAAAAACAAUGCAGUCGUAGCUCCCGUGCAGACCACGUCCAAACACGCAACAGUGCCGCGUGCUAUUCCCAAAAAGGCGCCCGCCUCCAAAGGUCAGCCCAACCUUUUGGAAUUUUUCGGCGGAGGAAAGCGCAAAGAAACAAGCCCACCAGGCGGACCCAACCAAGACUUAGAGUCACCUAGCAAGCAACUGCGGCUGGCAUCGCUGCUUGUGCCUGUUCCUCGAGAAACACCACCGAAAGCGGCAGCGCAAUGGGACUCGAUUUUCACGCCGCAGCCGCCGCCGCUGUGUUCCAUGCACAACGAGCCGGCCAAAGCAUGCAUCGUGAACAAACCCGGUGUGAACCAAGGACGCAAAUUUUGGCUCUGUGCACGACCUGUGGGGCCAGGCUACGAAAAGGGGGGGCGUGCCGAGCCGAGCCUCACGUACAGAUGCAACUACUUUGCGUGGGACUCGGACGUGAAACGCAGUCGGAAACCCAAACGCUAA